AUGGUUCGUGCCAAAUAUCGCUACAUCGUCGCCCAAAUUCGGUGCAAUAAUCGACCUCCAAUGCAGCCGCUCAGCAUGUCCUCCGAAGAACUUUACGGAAAUAUCAAGGAACGCAUCAAAAAAUAUUGGGGAGAUUAUGGAUUAUCAUGUUUACUCCGACUACAUGUCAAAUAUUUCAAUGAAAAGACACAUCUUUGCAUCAUUCAAGCAACACACGGACCUCACAGAUACGUUACGAGCACUCUGCCUUUGAUGACAAUGGUUGGAAAGGAACCCGCUCGGAUACGAAUUUUCGCAAUUCACUACACGACACUUGCUGUUUAUUAA